AUGGCCACGACAGCAGCUUCCGAGAAGCGCAAUAUCGUGGUUAUAGGCGGUGGCAUAAUCGGCUGCACAUCCGCUUACUUCUUAACUCGACAUCCUGCCUACGAUCCAUCGAAACAUAACAUCACUCUCCUCGAAGCAGGCAAGAUCGCGGGAGGCGCAUCGGGAAAAGCAGGUGGACUUUUAGCAUUAUGGGCAUAUCCUACUUCGAUUGUACCGCUAAGCUACCGACUACAUAAGGAGCUUGCGGACGAGCAUGGCGGAGUCGAGAGGUGGGGAUACAGGGCCGUACAUUGUGGACAGGUGGAUUGCGUGGGCCGGCAUCUGGAAGGUCCGAGUGUGAAGGGCAAGACUGGUGAAGCUGUACCAGGAGACAACGAGGCGACGGGGAAUGGAGAUGCGAAAGUGAGUUUGCAGAAGCGGGAUCAGAAGGCGCUUGGGAAGCUGAGGGCGGCUGGGGUGCCGGGUGAUAUGGAUUGGGUUGCUGCGGAGUGCUUGAGGGUGUAUGACGAAAUGGGCGAUCCUAGUACUACUGCUCAGGUCCAUCCGUUCCAGUUCACGACGGCUAUGGCUGAGCUUGCGGCGGAGAAAGGCGUCAAGGUGAGGACAGGAUGCAAGGUCACGGGUAUUGGCUACACGGACAACGACUCGGCAGUCGAGAGUGUGACGUUCGGAGACAAGGGUAAUGGUGGCAAGAGCGAAACGAUACAAACAAACGACAUCGUCAUAGCGGCUGGACCGUGGACACCAAGUGUAUACCCUUCAGCACCCAUCUCCGCCCUUCGAGCCCACAGCGUCACCAUUCGACCUUCGCGACCAGUAAGCGCCUACGCACUUUUCACUCAGAUCAAGCUUCCGUCGAACUUUGGCCGCACGAACGAGGUCAACCGUGGGAAGGGUGGCAAGAGCUUCAAAGCAGGCUGGGGCGAGCAGAUAGUCACUCCGGAAAUAUACGCACGACCGAAGAACGAAGUCUAUGCCUGCGGCGAGGGCGAUCGUCUCGUCUCUCUUCCCCUCGGCACGGAUGAGGUCGAGGUAGACGAGGAGAGGUGCCAGGAUAUCGUGGACUAUGUCUCUUCAAUCUCUGAUGAGCUGAGAGAUGGAGAGGUCACGGCGCGGCAGGCUUGUUACUUGCCUAACGUUAAUGCUGGGAGUGGACAUCCUCUUGUUGGAUUGACUGGGGUAAAAGGGUUGGUGCUGGCGGCGGGACAUACGUGUUGGGGCAUACAAAAUGGACCCGGGACUGGGAAGUUGGUGAGUGAGUUUGUGUUUGAGGGGAAGGCGAGGAGUGCUAGUGUUAAGGGGUUGGAUCCGAGGAAUGUUUUGCAGGGUCAAAGCAGUUCAUCAUCCACUCCUCAGUAA